AUGAAGAGGUUAAGGGUAGAUAACGACACCCACGAUGAUAUGGAUGGUCUGAUAUAUGAUACACAUAGAGAUAUGGCGGAAAGGUUCUCACACAACCUUGAAGAGGUUGAAGGUGAGGUUGAUGCAGAGGCUAAGAAGUUUUAUAGGUUGGUUGAAGAUGGAAAACAAGAGCUAUUUCCCGGGUGUAAAACAAACUCAAAACUGUCAUUCCUUAUUCGCUUGUACCUUUUGAAGUGUGUUCAUGGGAUGACUAAUUCUGCCAUUUCAGAUAUCUUGGACUUGCUACUAGAAUUAUUACCGGAAGCCAAAUUGCCCAAAUCUUUCAAUGAGGCCAAAAAGUUGGUAAAAGAUUUGGGUCUUCAUUAUGACAAAAUUCAUGCAUGUCGUAAUGAUUGUAUGCUUUAUUGGAAGGAGCAUGAAGCUGCUACAUCUUGCCAUGUGUGUCAAGCUUCAAGGUGGAAAGAAAAUGAGAACCAAGGGGACACUAGUAGUGAAUCAACUAAGAACCUUCAUAAAGUUCCAGCAAAAGUUGUUUGGCAUUUUCCUCUUAAACCAAGACUACAAAGGCUUUACAUGUGCUCAGAAACAGCAGAGUUGAUGAGGUGGCAUGAGGAAAGGAAGGAAAAAGAUGGGUUAUUAAGGCAUCGUGCUGAUGGAGAGGCUUGGAAGGAGUUUGAUCGACAAUACUUGAGCUUUGCUAGUGAGUCACGUAAUGUUCGUUUGGGUCUUGCGAGUGAUGGAUUCAAUCCAUUUCGGACAAUGAGCACCCAACACAGCACAUGGCCUGUUGUUUUAAUUAAUUAUAAUUUACCACCGUGGUUGUGCAUGAAGUCAGAGUUCCUGAUGUUAUCUUUGCUUAUUCCGGGCCCCAGCUCUCCUGGAAAAGACAUUGAUGUGUACCUCCAACCUUUAAUAGAAGAGCUUAAAGAACUAUGGGAGUAUGGGUUGGACACGUAUGACGCGUCAAAGCACCAAACAUUUAAAAUGCAUGCAGCUUUACAAUCUACCACAAGUGACUUUCCUGGAUACGCUAUGUUGUCUGGUUGGAGCACCAAAGGGAAGUUUGUGUGCCCCUAUUGCCAUUAUGAAACCGAUCAUCGACAUUUGAACAACAGUAACAAAUCAUGCUAUUUGGCUCAUCGUCGUGGUUUAAACCUUAAUCAUCCUUGGCGGUAUGAUGCGAAGUCUUUUGAUGGGGAAAAGGAAGAGAGAAUAUAUCCAGAUCAUUUGAGUGGGGCCGAAAUCCAAAGUUUGCUGGAAAAUUGGGAGAAUAGUUUCGGAAAGUUACAACCAAAGAAGAAUUAUAAAGAUUGUCCUUGGAGGAAGUCCUCUAUCUUUCAUACUUUGCCAUAUUGGAGAGAUAACGGUUGUCCCCAUCAUUUGGAUGUCAUGCACAUAGAAAAGAACAUUUGUGACAAUGUCCUUUCAACUUUGUUAGACGUACCUGGAAAGUCCAAAGAUCAUCAUAAGGCUCGAUUAGAUCUGGAAGAAAUGGGGGUUAGACAAGAAUUGCAUCCCAAGAAAUCAGAUGAUGAGCGGUACAUUUUGUUGCCGAAAGCAUCAUUUUCAAUGACGAAGGAGGAGAAAAGCAUAUUUUGUAGUGUUCUAAAGAAAGCAAAGCUACCUCAAGGGUGUGCAUCAAAUAUUGCACGGUGUGUGCAAGUAAAGGAGGGAAAACUGUUAGGGUAUAAGAGUCACGAUGCUCAUAUUAUAAUGCAGCAUUUACUUCUAGUUGCGAUUAGAAAAGUUUUGCCAAAGCAUGUGGCUUUACCUCUAAUUAGAUUGAGUGCAUUUUUUCGAACCAUAUGUAGUACGGCCAUCGAUCCAACAGAUUUAGGUCACCUUCAGACUGAGAUUAAUGAGACUCUUUGUGAACUUGAGAGAAUAUUUCCACCGUCAUUUUUUGACAUAAUGGUCCAUUUGCCGAUUCAUUUGGUCGAUGAAAUAAAGCUUGGUGGACCAGUGUAUGGUUGGUGGAUGUAUCCUAUAGAAAGGUACUUGGGGAAGCUGAAAUCUUACGUUAAAAAUAGAAGUCGCCCAGAGGCUUCUAUAGCGGAAGGUGAUCUAGCUGAAGAGUGUUUGAUAUUCUGCUCUAGAUAUUUGCAUGAUGGUGCAAAGAAGCGGCGUAAAGUAAUCAACCGAAUUCAUGAGGAAGGUGGUAAAGUUGAUGAGGAUUCUCCUUUGUUCCCUAAGAUAGGCUAUCCUCUUGGGAGGAAGAUAAAAGGGAAGAAGAAAGGGAUUGCGUACAAUUUGGAUUCAAAUACCAGAAUACUAGCACAUCGAUAUGCAUUGUUCAAUUGUGAAGAUAAGAAAGUUGGGAAAUAUAUCAAGGAACAUGAAGAGUUUGUGAAAAACAAUUCUAGAGAGAAGAGGAAAAGAAGGUGGAGGGAGGCUCAACAACAUAGUAAUGAGUUCAUGGAUUGGUUCAGAGAUAGGGUUGAGUUGGAUGAAGUCAUUGAUCAUAUUAAGUGGUUGUCCUUGGGUCCUUCAACUAUUGCAAGGAGAUACACCGGAUAUUUUUGCAAUGGCUAUAAGUUUUACAGUAGAGAGCAUGAUGAGAAGUGUAAAACCCAAAAUAGUGGGGUCUCGUUGACAGCUUUAACUCCAAGCUUUGCUAGUAGCAAGGAUCGCAAUACCAUUCUUGGUAAUGUCACCUAUUAUGGGAAAAUAAAAGAAAUAAUUGAGAUAGAUUAUUGGAGUGCAUUUAGCGUUGUCUUGUUCAGAUGUGAUUGGUUUCAUGUGGAAACAGACAACUAUGGCAUGAUUCGUGUAAACUUCAAGAGAUUGUGUUCAAUGGAUGAUCCUUUUGUCUUGGCAUCACAGGGGCAAUGUGAAGAUACAUAUUUGAGUAAAGUUCGGGAACCUCUUGAGGAUUUAAAUCUUGCUACAGUUGAUGAUGAUGAUAUAACUUGGUGUAGAGGUGAUGCAUUUGACCGAGUUGAAGUUCAUCAGAAAACCAAGAAUAAUGAACCAUGCAUUGAGAGCCACGAAAACAAUUCUGAUGUAGAUGAGACAGAUUGGGAUUGGAUGGAACCCUUGAAUUGA